AUGGCCGGUAGCAGCAAGAAGCGCCGACCGCCUUCAUCACCUUCUUCCUCCGAAAUCAGUACCCAGAAUUCUAACCAACAAUCUAAACAGCGCUCCCAUUUAGCACGAUCAAGUCACUCACACUCGGAGAUUGUUCAACUGGACGAUUCUGAUGACCGAACCUUAGGGACCAACCUUGACAAUACUCAGAACUCAAAGACAUCAAAGCUUUCCAAUCACGAAGAGCUCGGCUAUUCCAAUCAAAAACUGAUUUAUGUUCCAUCUUUGCAUAUGUAG